GACCUGAGUUCAAAGAGGCAUAAAUCCCAUGCAGCAAUGCUCUACGCCUUCCUCCUCCAGCGCCUCUCAAUUGCCUCCGUCUGCCUCACUCCCUGCUCUUUCCCAACCCCAAAACCAGCGGCCCAGAUUUACCUGUCUACCCGCCCCACAAGAAGCGCUACCUAUAUAUGCUGUAUCGCCUGAAGCCGCUUGGGAGCUGACAGGCGACAGCUGUCUGCCUUGGCUGACCACCAUAAGCAAUGUAGAUGUCUCUGCUGAUUUGCUGGUCAUUGCAAUAUUAGAUAGGAUAAAGGCCAAGAAAAAGAUUGCAGAAGCUGAAGAUGAAGAACAGUUUGACUCAUCUGAUUCAUCUCAAGAUGACAAGGAUUGGGAAGACAAUGACACUGAUGAAGAUAUUAUUCAUGUGAAAUAGUUACCUCCUUGGUUGCUGAGAGAUUGUGAUUGCUUUUAGCUUGGCAUAGCAAUAUAUAGCGUGUACUCAGGUUAGUUCGAUCUUAUAGAUUCAGCCUCAUUAAAUGAUGGAUGGUGCUGGGAUACUUGUUUAUUACGCUUCAUUUACAAAGAAAAUCAUCAUUCAAAGUUAUAUACAGAAAAAAUUCUUUUGUAAUUUGUAGCUACUAGGCUAUCGCUGCAGUCCCAUUUCCAUGGUUAAAUAGAAGACAUACAGAAAA